AAUAAGUUUGGAGGAGUAUGAUCAUAAAGGAAUGAAGGAGACAAGGAAAGGAGCAAUAGAGAGAGCUAUGGAAGCUAGGAAUUGGGGAAUUGUGUUGGGUACGCUAGGAAGGCAAGGGAAUCCAAGGAUUUUAGAUAGGUUAGAGAAGAAAAUGAAAGAAAAAGGAUUUUCUUAUACAAUUUUUUUGAUGUCAGAAAUUAGUCCAGUUAGGAUUGCCUUAUUUGAAGAUUCUGUCGAUGCUUGGAUUCAGAUUGCUUGUCCUAGACUUUCCAUUGAUUGGGGAGAGGCAUUUAAAAAGCCUCUUUUGACACCUUUUGAGGCAGAGAUUGCACUUGGGGAUUUACCAGGUUGGUGGGUGGCAAAAUCAGGGUGUUGUGGUGGUUGUGAUUGCGGGCGUGACAAUGAAUUAUGCUCUGGAUGUACAAAUGCUGAUGCAAAUGAUGGUGAUUAUCCCAUGGAUUACUAUGCUCAAGAUGGUGGGGAUUGGAAUUCCUCUUAUUUGAAGAAAGGAAUUCGCCCUGUAAGAAGAAAUGUGGCAUCUUCUAUCAGUAAUGGUGCUGCUUUGUAACAUCAUUAUUUCUUAGAGGUUGUAUUACAAAAUUACCUUUGGGAAGGAGGUUCUGUUUCGCCAAGAUAUUCAGGAACUGUGAAGCCCAUUGGUGUAUCAGGCAUAGUGGAGUAAAAAGAUGAGAUAUGUGGGAUUGCUUCUAAAUUGCAGUUUUGUAGAAUUAGACAGGCUUGUCCUUAGCACUGGGUUUUUGUCUAUACCUGCAGCUUUAUCAGUCAUAUUCUAAGUCGGUCAGAUGCUCUGGCAGAGGAAUUUGAGGUUUCUGCUCUGGCAAUAUUUCAGAAUUUCUACUUUGCUCUUAGGCAGUAAUUUGUUGCUGUUGCUGUGAGAUUGGGUUGAUGGGAUGUUAACUUGACAGGCAGCAAUAGUAUAAUUCUUUCUGUAGGCAUUCUCAUAAAUGGUGCUAUUUCGGGUUGUCAAAUACGAAGAUGAUAUGUUUCAUCAUUUUCAACCAUGUGUCGAGGGAGAUACUGUAGCUUUUGCACUAGCUUAGGUCGGCCAUGUCCAAAUACUAUGAUUUGGUAGUGUUGGUUGAAUAUAUUCCAUUUUCUAUUAAUCAUUAGUGUACUAGACUAGACUCUUUAGAGUGAUUUGAAUUAACCCACUUUCUGAUUAAUUGCAUAAAAAUUUACCUUAUUUGGUGAU